AUGGAUUACUGGCCAUUUGCUAGUGAUCUAUAUAAUUGGCAAUCCCAAAACGCCAAGUUUUCAGAUAACCCUAGAGAUUUAAUUGAUUUAUUAGGAACUGUUUUAUUUACCCAUCAGCCAACCUGGGAUGAUUGCCUUCAAUUACUUCGCAUAUUAUUCACUACUGCAGAAAGAGAAAAAAUCCUAAUAGAAUCCAGAAAGUUGGUCCCGGGAGAAAAUGGAGAGCCAUCAAUAAAUCCAGAUCUUGUUAACCAGGCUUUUCCCUUAUCCAGACCUGACUGGGAUUACAACACAGUGGAAGGUAAGGAGCAACUUCGGGUUUAUCGCCAGAGUAUUGGGGGUCUCCGUGUGGCCGCUAAGAAGCCUACAAAUUUAUCUAAAGCUUUAGUUAAUGUACAGCAGGAACAAGAUGAGAGCCCUUCUGCCUUUUUGGAAAGGAUCCAGGAGGCCUUUUGUAGAUAUACUCCUGUGGAUCCAGAGGCCCCAGAAUCCAGGGCCACAAUAGUAAUGGCUUUCAUCUAUCAGCCUGCCCCUGAUAUUAAAAAGAAACUCCAGAAGAUAGAAAGGUUAGGUGAGAAAAGUGUACAAGAUUUGGUGGUGAUAGCAGAGAGAGUACACAACAAUCGGAAAAUGACGGAGGGUCACCAAACCCGCAAGUUAGCGCAAGUCCUAGUAGCGGCCACUAUGAAGGAACCAAAGGAAUGAGGAAGGAGACUGAAGAAACUGGCCAGAGACCAAGGUAAGAGAGAGCCGUGGCACCUGCAUCUCCCCCAUUUGGACAAAGAUCAAUGUGCCUGUUGUAAGGAAAAAGCCAUUGGGCAAAGGAAUGCCCCAAGAGACCCCAGAAAAAGACACCCGUUUUGGUCACAGGGAAAGAAACUGACUAGGGGGGACGGGGCUCAAGACCCCUCCCUGGGCCUAGGAUAACACUUAAAGUGGAGGGGAAACCAGUUGAGUUUACGGUGGACACAGGAGCCCAACGUUCAGUUCUGUUACAACCAUUAGAAAAGAUAUCAGUACAGUCAG